UGUGCGUGCGCGCGCUUGGCCCGGCGCCGCGCACUCCAGCCCCUGUGUGUAGGAACCAGAGCAGUGGAGCUCUGAGCUAGACAUGGCGGCGGAUCCUAAGCCGGACUGGCUCUCCUGCCUUCCCUCUGCCUGGAGUUACGGGGUGACUCGGGAUGGACGCAUAUUCUUUAUCAACGAAGAAGCGAAGAGCACAACCUGGCUGCAUCCCGUUACUGGAGAAGCCGUAAUCACGGGCCACAGAAAAACUCCAGAUUUACCAACAGGAUGGGAGGAAGGAUACACAUUCGAGGGAGCUCGUUGCUUCAUCAAUCACAAUGAGCGAAAGGUGACCUGUAAGCACCCGGUGUCAGGCGUCCCCUCCCAAGACAACUGCAUCUUUGUCGUGAACGAACACAUGAAUUGUGGAAUGCUUGUCCACCCUGACAAGCCAGUAGAGGCUCUGAGCAGGCCGGCUCCCAAGGCUUCAUCAGAGCAAGGCAGCAGCAGAGACAAGAAGGAGCGUCCCAUGAGCACCAUGAGUGAAGCGUCAAACUACACGGGUGGCUCCGACUACAGCACCUUCCCCGGCAGCCCGGCCACCACCGCCAACACCACCACCACCUCCACUUCAUCCACACGGCCCUCUAGGUCUUCCAAAAAAGUUCACAACUUCGGGAAGAGGUCAAACUCCAUCAAGAGGAACCCCAAUGCCCCGGUUGUCAAGAGCAACUGGCUUUACAAACAGGACAGCACAGGCAUGAAGCUGUGGAAGAAGAGGUGGUUCGUUCUGUGCGACAUGUGCCUCUUCUACUACCGUGAUGAGAAAGAGGAUAGCAUCCUGGGAAGUAUCCUGCUGCCAAGCUUUCACAUCUCCAUGUUGUCUGUGGAUGACCACAUCAGCAGGAAAUACGCCUUCAAGGCCACUCACCCCAACAUGCGGACGUAUUAUUUCUGCACUGACACAUCCAAAGAGAUGGAGUCCUGGAUGAAAGUCAUGACGGAUGCUGCCCUCGUCCACUCUGAACCAGUGAGAAGACUGGACAAGUUGAAAGUGGAUCAGCGGACAUCUCAGGAGUUGAACAACUUUCUGAACCACAGAGCCCUAACCCGGCCCGAGAUCCAGAACAACGAACGCAACCGCGAGCCCAUGCGACAACACUCCCUGUCUCGAGUCGACGACAAACGGCAGAAAGACCUGGAGAAACACAACUGCCAGCGGGAGUACUACACCUUACAGAGAGAUGGGGAGAAGUACUCGCUGAAGAAAGACGGCGUGAGCUACAUGCUCCAGAAGGACGGAGAGAGGUACAUGCUGCGAAAAGACGGGGAGAAGUCUUCGCUGCAGAAAGACGGCGAGGUGUGCGCACUCCACAGGGAUCUGGAGAAGCAUGCUGUCCAGAACAAGGAUGAAAAGUGCACUGUGACGCCGACGGAGGAGAAAUAUGCUCCGUCUAAAGAUGGAGAGAAGUACCUGCUCGCGAAGGAUGGAGAGAAAUACGCACUGCAAAAAAUAGGAGACAGGCACACACUCCAAAAAGAUGGACCAAAAUACGUUCCCCAGAAGCAGGUGAAGAGACAGCUAUCAUUAAAGGAGACGGAGAGGUACGGCGUCAUGAGGGAGAUGGAGAAUAAAUAUGGUACCAUACAGGUUUUGGACAAAUACGGCACUCUGAAGGAAGUGAGGAAAUACAGCACACUCCGGGAAGGGGAUAAAUACGCUACUCUCAGAGAUGCAGGGAAGUAUGCUACGAUCCGUGGCGGGGAUAGAUAUGGCUUCCAGAGAGACCCGAGUGCAGAGAGGUCUCUGACUAAAAUCAGCAGCAUCAAGCUGCAGCCGGCUCAGGCCGCUGCUAUCGCAGCCGCAGUGUCUGCAUCUCGCCAGGGCCAAGCCAAUCUCAUUGUCCAGCAUCCUGCGCAGGUCAACGGCUCGGGAUCCGUGGCGGCACCCGCUGAGCAGACAGGGGACUGCAGCCCGGCAGAGGUGGACAGCAGCCUGGCCAUGGGUCCAGGAAAGUCCCCUGCUCCAGUACAGGAGCCGGAGAAGGGCCUGUCCCGGACCAACUCCAUGCAGCAGCUGGAACACUGGGUCCGCACACACAGGACAAGAGGACAGGACGAUGACACCAGGAGUGUUACGUCCUACCAGACCCUACCCAGGAACAUGCCCAGCCACCGUGCUCAGAUUGUGCCCCGCUACCCAGAGGGCUACCGCACACUGCCCCGCAACAGCAUGAUGAGGCCCGACAGCAUCUGCAGCGUGGCGGGCUCUGUGUAUGACCGGGCCCUCCGUCCCGCCUCCACCAGCACCAUCACCACAGCGGAGAAGAGGCGGUCGAUGAGGGACGACACCAUGUGGCAGCUGUACGAGUGGCAGCAGAGACAGGCCUUCUCCAGGCACAGUCUGGCUCAGCCAACAGCUGUGGGUCAUUAUGGCACCCUGCCCAGCACAAAGACCAUGGGUAACAUCUGUGAACACGCUGUGGCGCACUCCAUCCCCACCUCACCGUCUCACGGCUCUCUGGCCCUCUACAGCACCUUCUCCCCCCCGCGCCAGCAGGUCCCUCCCAACCCCAGCAGCUCCCAAUCCGAGGUGUCCUCACCUGUCUCCAGGGGGGACCAGACGCUGGACCACCGGCACAGGACGCAGCUCGCCAAGUACAGCUACCCGCCUGACCGACGAUCCAUUGCAGCUGGCGUCCCUCCUCAGUCCAUCACCCCACAGUCCCUGCAAGGCAAGACGCCCGAGGAGCUGACCCUGCUCCUGAUCAAGCUCCGCCGGCAGCAGGCGGAGCUCAACAGCCUGCGGGAACACACAGUAGCUCAGCUAAUGGCCCUGGGUUUGGAGGGGCCCAACGCCAAGACUGACGUUCUUUCUCAUCACCUCCAAAGGAACCUUAUUUACCUGGACAGCCAGACGAAGGAGAAUGAGCCUCUAAUCUUCAUGAUUCACACUAUGAUCGAGAACUCGGCACCGAGGCCGCAACUCUAUCAGCAAAUCAGUCCAGACGACUUCAAAGACGGCUCGUUCAUCCCGCGCACAGAGGAGGCUGACAUAGACACCAAGCUGAGCAGACUGUGUGAGCAGGACAAGGCGGUGAAGAUGCAGGAGGAGAAACUGCAGCAGCUACACAGAGAGAAGCACACUCUUGAGACGGCCCUGCUGUCUGCCAGUCAGGAGCUGAGUGAACAGAGCGGCUCCAGCGCCGGCGCCACCCAGAGCCUGAUCCAGCAGAGGGACGUGCUGCAGAACGGUCUGCUCAGCACCUGCAGAGAGCUGUCCAGAGUCAGCACUGAGUUGGAGCGUUCCUGGAGGGAGUACGACAGGUUGGGGGCAGACGUUACUCUGGCCAAGUCCAACCUGCUGGAGCAGCUGGAGGCCCUGGGCAGCCCACAGACAGAGCCUCCAAGCCAGCGGCACAUCCAGAUCCAGAAGGAGCUGUGGAGGAUCCAGGACGUGAUGGAGGCUCUGGCCAAAAACAAGCCACAGCGGAGCACAGACAGCACAGGUUUACCUGGUUCCAAACCACUCUCCAGUCUCCAGAAGAACGAGGCAGUGACGCUGCUGCCGCUCAGUCCGCUCAGGGAGGGCGACAGUGUGCCCCCCCGCCCGCCCCUCCCCCACUUCUACGACUCAUCAGAGCGCCCCCCUCACGUGCCCCCCCACCACUCGCACCCCGGCGGCCGCCUGCCCCCCCACACGCACCGCCCCGAGGAUCGCAAGAGCGGCUCCAGGAACGGAGCGCACAGCCAAGCUCCAGACUACCGGCUGUAUAAGAGCGAGCCUGAGCUGACCACGGUGAAGGAGGAAGUAGACGAGGCCAACGGUGAGGACAAGGACAAGACAGACUCCUCUGCUGAGAGCAAGGACACUGCAGCUUCAAAAGUGCCCCCCUACCCGGUGGGAAUCAUUCCUCCCAGGACCAAAUCCCCCAUCAGUCCUUGUAGGAGUCCUCCCGAGUCCUCCACUAUUGCCUCCUAUGUCACCCUGAGGAAGACCAAGAAGCCUGAAUCCAGAUCAGACCGUCCCAGGAGUGCCGUGGAUCAGACAGGGUUUGGGGAGCGGGAGGUGGGGAGAACGAGGAUGAGUGUGGAGGAGCAGCUGGAGAGGAUGAGGAGGAACCAGCAGGCCUCGUCGCUUCGAGAGAAGAAGAGAGAAACGCCAUCCCGCUCGCCCUCCUUCAGCAAAGACAGCCCUUCCAUUAUCCAGCAGAGUCGGCUCCAGGCGGAAGGGGCGUGUGCAGACCCUGUGGAGCUGGAAGCGGCUCUGCAGCAGCUGAAGGCGUCUCACAUGGAGCGGAGCAGGACGGCUGCUCAGGCUCAGCCUGCCCCACAGGAGGUGCAGAGGGUGGAGGAGGUGAAAGAUGAGGUGCAGCGUGACGGGGACGGUCACGGGACCCUGCAGAGCAUGAAGGAGGCCAACAGCACAGACAGUGAGCUGUGUGAAAGCCAGAGGGUGGUGAUUGUGGACCUCGGCGCAGAGCCUCAGCGUGUGGAGAUUGUAAACCUUCACUCUUUUGAGGAUGAUGAAAGCAGAGACCAAGAUCUGACUAGCUCACCAACAAACACCACCACUGACAACAGUUUCCAGACUCCUGAGCCUGAGACGCCGAGCCCGGAGCCGAGGGAGGACGAACCAGACGCAACGCAACAGAGCGCCAGAGAGGAGAAGCUGGAGCUAACAGCAGACGACAAGAAACACAACAACAACAACAUGUUGGCUUCGCAGACGUUCACCUUGGUGAGCAGAGACACGUGAGCGUUGCCGGCCUCGACAUCCACACUGGGGGCCCAUAAAGCCCAAAUGUAGCCUGCCUGCACAGAGCAUGCUCCACGGCUUCCUGCGUUUACAACAGGACUAUUUUGAUACUACUGUUACAUGCCCACAAGGAGACUGAGACUGAGAGGAUGACAGCCCUGACAACACACGGGCCUCCAUCACUUCCAGACAGAGAGAGAGGCAGAUGUCCUGUAUCUUAACACCUGUUAGAUCUGUCCAUACUGAUAUGUCCCUGGGCAAAACACCAACAUAUGGAGUCAGAUUUGUCUCAAAACAUUUCUGCAUAAAAAUAAGAUUGUGAAAUGGUCAUAUAAAAGUUACAAAUGAUGUUUGAGCUGAAAUAUACUUGCGCAACCCCAGAAGGAGUUUUGAGAGUUUUUUCUGGUUUCAAUAUGAGUCUCCAGCUCAGUCGCGGCCAGGGGAAAGUAACUGGCCAGGCAUUUGGUUUUUAUAGGCGGGCCCUGACAAUCUAAUUCUUUUUUUCAGACUUUUCAAGUCAACAACAGAUUCAUAUUGAUAUUCAAUAUUAUGUAGGUUUAUAUGGUAAAAAGACUACCUUGAAAUGAUAUUUACUGUAUAUUUUAAUGAUACUUAAAAUUCGGUUCAUAUAAAUGAAUUGUGAGCCGAUAGUGCAGCCUAUUAUUUAUCUGAAUGGCAAAGUUGUGUAGUCUCCCACUAUUAGACCUUACAAUUCAGACGCAAGCAGUCCAAGGCCUAAGUCAGUUAUUAGUG